CGUAACUUCUCGCUCUUUCUCUCUUUCCAGGUCCGUUUUUACUUCACAACAGUUGUUCUGUGUUACUCUUAAUUUCAUCUAAUUCAUGUUUCAAUGAAUCAUGUUGUCAGAUGUUAAUUACAUGCUAGUUUCUUGCUUAUUGACACAUUUGAUGACCGUUUUUGUUGUUUCUUGUUUUUUUGUUUGUUAAGAAAAAAAUAUUAUCCAGCAUGUCUUCCAUCAUCUUCGUGCAACCAGUCUUACAUCAUUUCAAGUCCUUUCGGUGGAAAAUAACACUCAGUCAAGAUGGUGAAGUUUACAGCAGAAGAGCUUCGGCGUAUUAUGAACUUGAAGCACAACAUUCGCAAUAUGUCUGUUAUUGCACACGUUGAUCACGGAAAAUCCACUCUCACUGAUUCUCUGGUGGCUGCUGCUGGUAUCAUUGCAAAGGAAGCCGCCGGGGACGUCCGGAUGACGGACACACGGCAGGACGAAGCAGAGCGCGGCAUCACAAUCAAGUCUACCGGAAUAUCCCUCUAUUAUGAGAUGACUGAUGAAGCUCUCAAGAACUUCAAGGGAGAGAGGCAGGGUAAUGAGUAUCUCAUCAACCUCAUUGAUUCCCCUGGCCAUGUGGAUUUCUCAUCUGAGGUUACAGCCGCAUUGCGCAUCACCGACGGCGCACUCGUGGUGGUGGAUUGUAUUGAAGGUGUCUGUGUCCAAACCGAAACUGUUCUCCGGCAAGCCCUCGGCGAAAGGAUCAGACCUGUUCUCACCAUUAACAAGAUGGACAGAUGCUUCCUUGAGCUUCAAGUGGAGGGAGAAGAAGCAUACCAGACAUUCCAAAAGGUUAUUGAGAAUGCUAAUGUUAUCAUGGCUACAUAUGAAGAUCCCCUUCUUGGUGAUGUUCAGGUCUACCCGGAGAAAGGGACCGUGGCGUUCUCCGCCGGUUUACACGGCUGGGCGUUCACUCUGACCAACUUUGCUAAAAUGUAUGCUUCUAAGUUUGGAGUUGAUGAGUCCAAGAUGAUGGAGAGGCUGUGGGGUGAGAAUUUCUUUGAUCCAGCAACUAAGAAAUGGACAACCAAGAACACAGGCUCUCCAACUUGUAAGCGAGGUUUUGUUCAGUUUUGUUAUGAGCCAAUCAAACAGAUGAUCGCAACUUGUAUGAAUGAUGAGAAGGACAAGCUCUGGCCUAUGCUGCAGAAGCUUGGUGUCACCAUGAAAUCGGAAGAGAAAGAACUCAUGGGGAAACAAUUGAUGAAGCGUGUAAUGCAGAAUUGGCUUCCAGCAAGUAGUGCACUUCUUGAAAUGAUGGUGUUCCAUCUUCCUUCCCCUUCAAAGGCACAAAGGUACCGUGUGGAGAAUCUCUAUGAGGGUCCUCUCGAUGAUCCUUACGCAACCGCCAUCAGAAACUGCGAUCCUGAUGGACCGUUGAUGCUAUAUGUAUCCAAAAUGAUUCCUGCUUCUGAUAAGGGAAGGUUUUUCGCCUUCGGCCGAGUGUUCUCCGGCAAGGUCUCGACCGGUUUGAAAGUAAGAAUCAUGGGUCCGAAUUAUGUUCCGGGACAGAAGAAAGACUUGUAUGUGAAGAAUGUGCAGAGAACUGUGAUUUGGAUGGGGAAGAAGCAGGAAACUGUUGAGGAUGUUCCAUGUGGUAACACAGUAGCCAUGGUUGGGUUGGACCAAUUCAUUACCAAGAAUGCAACCUUGACAAACGAGAAGGAGGCCGACGCACACCCGAUUCGCGCCAUGAAGUUCUCCGUUUCGCCGGUGGUGCGAGUUGCCGUGCAGUGCAAGGUAGCUUCAGACCUUCCCAAACUUGUUGAAGGCCUAAAACGGUUAUCGAAAUCGGAUCCCAUGGUAAUGUGCACCAUAGAGGAGUCAGGGGAGCACAUCAUCGCCGGCGCCGGCGAGCUCCAUCUUGAGAUCUGUCUGAAGGACUUGCAGGAAGAUUUCAUGGGAGGAGCUGAGAUAAUAAAAUCCGACCCUGUGGUGUCGUUCCGCGAGACUGUUCUAGAACGUUCUUGCCGUACCGUGAUGAGCAAGUCACCCAACAAACAUAACCGUCUCUACAUGGAAGCAAGGCCAAUGGAGGAAGGUCUCGCGGAGGCCAUCGACGAGGGCCGAAUCGGUCCAAAAGACGACCCCAAAAACCGGUCUAAGAUCCUCUCAGAAGAAUUCGGAUGGGACAAGGAUCUGGCCAAGAAAAUCUGGUGCUUCGGACCGGAAACCAUUGGGCCUAACAUUGUGGUUGACAUGUGUAAGGGUGUUCAGUACCUGAACGAAAUCAAAGACUCCAUUGUGGCUGGAUUCCAAUGGGCUUCAAAGGAAGGAGCACUCGCCGAAGAAAACAUGAGAGGAAUCUGCUUUGAAGUCUGUGAUGUGGUUCUCCACGCCGACGCAAUCCACAGAGGUGGUGGCCAGAUCAUUCCAACCGCAAGGAGAGUAUUCUACGCGUCGCAGUUAACCGCGAAACCGAGGCUUCUGGAACCGGUUUACCUUGUUGAAAUCCAAGCACCUGAACAUGCACUGGGUGGGAUAUACAGUGUGCUGAACCAGAAGAGAGGCCAUGUGUUCGAGGAAAUGCAGAGACCCGGAACACCGUUGUAUAAUAUCAAAGCUUAUUUGCCGGUGAUUGAGUCUUUUGGAUUCUCGAGCACUCUCAGAGCUGCCACUUCCGGUCAGGCAUUCCCUCAGUGCGUGUUUGAUCAUUGGGAUAUGAUGUCUUCCGAUCCGUUGGAUCCUGGGUCCCAAGCUUCUCAGCUUGUUAUUGAUAUUCGUAAGAGAAAAGGCUUGAAGGAGCAGAUCACACCUCUCUCUGAAUAUGAAGACAAGCUCUGAACUCACUCCUCAAUAUUAAUAUUGCAUGUAUUAGUAUUUAACUAUUUAUAUUUAUAUAUGAAUAAAUCAGUUAUCCCUGUAGGGUUUGGACUGAAUAAGUACCUAUAUUAAAUUAUGAAACUUAACCCAUAUUAUUCAUGGAUGAUCAAAUUAUGUUUUCUAACA